AUGUUUACGUCCGCCUUCGCCCCGAGGUCCCGGAAGACGGGCUCCUGGGGCAAGCUGACGCGUACAGCUCUCAGCCUCGCACCCGAUUUUUUCGCUUCGUCUCGCCCGCCCAAGGAGAAGCUCCCCGCGUGGAAGCAGAAGUCCCUAGCAUUCCGCCAGGCCGUCCUGGCCGGCAAGGCCGCGGGCGGCGACGCUGCGGCGGCCAAGGAGGCCGCCAAGAUCUCGGAGGAACUGGCCGCUGCCGGUGGCGCCGACGCCGGCAUGACGAAGUGCCCCCACUGCGGCCGCACUUUCAACAAGGACGCCGGGGAGCGCCACAUCGCGAUCUGCGCCAAGACCUUCGGCUCCAAGCCGGGCGGCGGCCGCCUGGUCCGCGGCGGCGGGGGCAAGGCCCGCGGCGGCGGCGGCGCCCCCGCGCCGACGAGGCGCGCGCGCCGAGCGCGGACCACGGCGGCCUGGGCGGCCCUUCGCGGAGGCUGCGGAUCCGAUGCCCCCUGCAGGAGCCGGUCCUCCGGGGCGCCCGGCGGCGGCGUGCCCGUGCCGGAGGGCUUCGCGGGCCGCCGCGUCCCGCCAGGCCGCGCGGGGGGCGCGCGGCGCGCCCGCGCGGCGCCCCGCGGGGCGCCGUCGGAGAGGCGCCCCUCUGGAGGCUGGCUGUCGGGCCGCGCGUCCGCGCGCGGCGCGUCGGCGACCCGCUGGGCGCGCGGGCCCAUGGGCGACGAUGACGAGAUCUUUGAAGACGCGGACAACGUCGCGCUGCUGUACGCCUACGGCGGCUUCGGGCUGCUCCUGGUGCUCUACUUCGUCUGCGAGCGGGGCCCCUGCCACUGGUCGAGGGGGCUCGAGGCCACCUACCUCGCCGUGCUCCUCCUCUCGGUGUGGGGGACUGCGCUCGUGUGGUGCGAGAUAGGCAUCAGCGAGAGCGACCUGUUCCGCUCCAAUGCCAGGUUGCGGAAUCUGAUGAGGUUGUUCUUGGUGGCCCACAUCUUCCACAAGUUCAUCGCCGUGCAGUCGACCCCGAAGUUCUUCGACGGGCCUUCGGCGCGCGAGGACUGGCAGGACUGGAGCAGGCCCCCCCCGAAGAGGGCCGAGCGCAUCGCGCAGGAGCUGGACGACGCGGUCGCGGAGAUCCUGGAGCUGGUCCUCGGGCAGGCGCCACCUGAGCCUCCUGGCCGACGCGGCCGUGGACCGAGCCGGCCCUGUUCGCGCUCUUCAUGCUCGAGGACCUCCUGAUAGCGUUCAG